AUGGAAGCAUCUGCAGUGAGCCAUUUCCCUCUUCGUCAGCUCUUAGCACUAUCAAGGCCACUUCUAGGCCAAAAGACUCCCCCAGUAAGCCUGGUUGAACCAUGGCCCAAAAGAAAUGGAAAGAUCACCAGCGCUAAAAUCUACAUUCGUUUCAAGUUAGCUGGUGUUGACACAGGUCUUAUCAUCGAUAUCAUUUUUCUUGCCAAUGGUAUUCUUAGUGCUCUUGUACACGAUUUGUAUACUCCUGUAUUCACCAACAUUAUGAACAUAUCCAAAGUCAAUGUCACCAAGGUUUUUGAUCCUCUAGAUCCCGCGCAUUUCGACAAACCAAUGUUCUUUCGACACCAAUGA